ACACACAUCUGGCUGUUGCAUAGUGUCUUUCUACACAGUGACAAGAUGAGAGUGGUGUCAGCCAGGGCCUCUCUCCUCACCCUGGCUUUCCUUACACUCCCAACCAUCGACGGAAGAGCCUGCAGGAAACAGGAGGAAUGGACGCCGGAAUCUCUCGUCAACCCAGAAGAACUCGGUCAUCACUUUGAGGGGGACAUUGUGCUUCCCUUGCCGUUAGUGGCUAGGAAUGGUCAGGUGUUAGAGCAGUACUAUUGGCCAGGAGGGCGAGUACCUUACACCAUCGCCUCCUCCUUUCCUCCCGAUCACAAGGCCACAGUGCUGGAGGCGAUGAGUGAGUACACAGAGAGAACUGGACACUGCAUCUUCUUCCACGAGCGAACCACUGAGCCAGAUUUCAUUUUGUUUAGCUUCGAUAAUAACCAAGGAUGCAGUAGCUCUGUAGGAAGACAAGGUGGUAUGCAGAGGAUCACCUACGCCGAGUCGUGUUUCAAAAAAUACGGGACGGUGCUUCACGAGAUGCUUCACGCCCUGGGCUUCUACCACGAGCACACCCGCUAUGACAGAGACAAAUAUGUGACUAUUCACUGGGAGAACAUUAAGAAAAAUCGAAACAAAAACUUUCAGAUAUACGUCAGUGUUGAAGAGAGCGCGUUUGGCGAGGAAUACGAUUACGGCUCCGUCUUACACUACUCCGCCUACGCCUUCAGCAAGAAUCUCAAGAAGACUAUAGUGACCAAGGACCCGUAUGCCAAAAUAGGACAACGUAAAGGUUUGAGCCCCGUGGAUUUGCAGAAACUGAUGAACAUGUACAAGUGCUGACACACACACACACACACACACACACACACACACACACACACACACACACACACACACACACACACACGUAUUUAAGCCCUAUAUACAAUUUUUAGUAUGUUAAUUUCAUAUAUACAUUUCUCUCUCUCUCUCUCUCUCUCUCUCUCUCUCUCUCUCUCUCUCUCUCUCUCUCUCUCUCUCUCUCUCUCU